GGCCCAAGCAUUGUGCAGAGAUGAAAGUGCCUAGCAGAGGAGCAUGGCAAAAUGGCUGUGUGGUGUCCCUCCCUCCCUCCCCUCCUGGGCCAGGGUAAGGACACACCGCCUCCUCCCCUCCCCGGGUAGCCGCAGGGAAAGCUGGCCUGCUGGAAGGAGGUGAGCCGCCUCCAGAACCAAGUUUUCAAAGCAAUGAGGAGAGCAGCCUGGAGAGACAGUCCCCGAGUGCUGAGAACUUCCCAGGCCCUGGUUGCCUCUGCCUGCCUUGCUGAGUCCCCCGAAAUCCAGGGUCCCUCCAAGAGGACCAUGGCGUAGCUGUCUCUCCCCUCUCAAGGUGAUGCUGCCCAGGAGGCGCCUAACAUGGAUAUGGGGACUGGAGGGCCCCCCACUUGCUUCCGUUACCCUAAUGCUGCUUCUUGUUGUCUUUUGGCUGCUGGGGGUUUGCGAGAAUCUGUCCUUAGCGCCAGCCCUGCUGUUUAGACGCUUCCAAGUGUAUCGCCUGGCAACCUACUGCCUGUGCCACACGGACCCCUCCCUCCUGCUCCUCAACUUGCUGCUCUUCCCUGUGCUGGGCUGGCGCCAGGAGCGGCACCAGGGCACCCUUCGCUACCUCCACGCCUCCCUGCUCAGCGCGGUAAUCUCGGCUCUGCUCUACCUCGUCCUGGCUGGGCUCUGGGCGCCUGCCCCUGAUGCUGCCAGCGGCUACACUCCAGUCCACCUGGCCAUGCUGGGGCACCAUCUGGUACUGAGGAGCAGGGCUGGGGCCUUGGGGCAGGUUUGUACUGUGGCCCUGCCCUGGCUGCUCCUCGCGUUCAGCCAGCUUCUCUCCCCCGGGUGCCCCUUCCUCCUCCACCUGAGUGGUGCGCUCACAGGGCUGGCCUUGGCAGAUUGGUCCAGGGUCUUGUCGUGGCUGGAGCUGUCGGAGAGACGCCUGGAAGUGCUAGAUGAUGGGGCCGUCUGCAGGACGCUGGCGAGAAGUGGCUUCGUCCGCUUUAUCCUGCGCCCAAGAGGGGGGAUCCUUCCCACUAGCCAUGUGGCCAGCACCAGGGGCAGGUCUCCAGGACACUCUGCCCCACCAGCCCAGCAGUGCUUCUCGGGGGGCCUUUCAGACCAGUCCUUAGCUGUGGCACCUGCCUCUCCCUGGGCUGCUGAAAGACCUGGGUGCUGGCAGAGCUCUGGGAUGCCAUACCCAUCCGUCCCUCCGGCUUGCUUCCCAGAUCUCCAUGGGGGCCCUGCCCCCCCGCCCCCAUGGGACAGCCCCAGCCUGCACUCUGGGGCAUCACUCUUGGGCCUGGGAGAGGUCCUGCUGGAUGAGCAGCUGCUGCUGGCCGGGAUCCAGGCCUCCCUGAGGGAUGCCAGCCUGGAGGCUGCCGUGGGUGGAGUGCAGCUUUCCAAAUCCUCUGUCUCCUCUCUGCGACUGCAGCAACUGGAGAGGAUGGGCUUCCCCACGGAGCAGGCGGUGGUGGCACUGGCAGCUACGGGCCGAGUGGAGGGGGCCGUCUCGCUGCUGAUUGGAGGCCAGGUUGGGGACAAGGCUGUGGUUACGUUGGAGAGCAGGCCAGCCUGCCGCCGACUGCCCCGGAAAGCAGAGGGGCGGGCUAGCCCGGGAAAGGUGCCUGCCAGCUCCCAUCCCAUUGCCUGGAAGGUGGUACCUGCUUUCUCUGCCUGCCCUCUGGUUGGCUUUACCAAGGUGUUGGCUCCUGGACCCACCAGCUGCUGACAUGAUGGUGCCCUGUCUACAUGGGAUUCACCUGGAGACCACCAGCAUCAUGGCCCUGCAGCUACUUUCCAGCCUUGCUCUGUCUUGCCACAGGCUCUGAGCCAGAGGGCUGUGAGAGCUAGCGAGCCCUGCCACCAUUGCUAAGGGCCCCUGCAGAAGUGCCCGCCCGGGGAGCUGACCUGUGGAGCCGUGGAAGUGACCUGUGGCUGUUCUUUGCUGGAGAAAUAAAGUUUCACCAAACCCUG